CAGAAAAUGUGCAUAUCUCUGCAGUCUAUUUGCUGCCAUCACUGGAACACCCGUUUUAGGUCCAAAAAUUGACAUGAGUGCCUUAUUAUCUGUGACCAAGGUCUAUUAUGUCUCACUACACUAUAGAAAAAUGUUUGACAAUGGCUUGGAUAGUAGGGGGCCCAUCCAGAUAUGAGACACAACAAAUGGCAGCUAUCUAUUUUGUAGCAUUAGCGAUUGGUAACUGGAUCACCAUAUAUUUAAUAAUCAGUCUAUUAUUCUAUAAAGAAGACACUAUAACUAUUGGUGAUUUCGCUGAAACGUUCUCUGGAAUGUCCUUGGUUAUACAUGGUAUCCAACGUAGUUUCUCUUUAUUCUUCAACAGAAAACAGAUUUCCGAAAUGCUCCAAUACGUCAGAACCACAUUUUGGAAAGAAUCUGACUUAGAUAUGACCGACGAGGAAAAGUACAUUUGCAAAAAAUACUACAAUAGACUAAAAUCGCCAUGUACGUGUUCGCCUGCUCAUGUACUUCGAAUCUUUUCGGAUUUUGUUGCCAGACUUUUUUUUCUGAUGAGAAUAUUUUACCUUUGGCUUGUUAUAAGCCGGACUGGGUGCCCUUCUAUUCUUUUUGGUUUUUGCAGGUUCUUGUGAUCUUUUUCGGUGUUAAUAUGGCAGUCAUUUGCUUGGACACCUUGAUUAUGACUUUGAUUGUACUGACUCAUAUACAAUUCAGAUUGUUAAAUCACGAAGUUGAGAAUUUGUACUCAUAUGGACUUGGACAAGGAAAUCGAAAAUAUUUUGUUAAUAAGUUGAAGAAAAUCGUCAGACAUCACAAUUUUCUAUUAGAGUUUACACAAAAGAUAAAUAUGACCUUUUCUGAGACAUUUUUAACAUACAUGGGUAUAAUUAUUAUAGCAAUUUGCAUAGAAAUGUACAACUUAUCAACAGGGGCUAAUAUGGAGCUGUUUAUCAGAGCAACACUUUUUACUACAGCGACAUUGUUUCAGUUUGUCGUGUUUUACUGCAUACCAGCUCAAGAUCUUACUGAUGAGGCCGAGAAAACAUUCAGUAGAGCCUACUUCAGUAAAUGGUACGAGAAUUUGGAAAACGCACAGCCUACCAAAAAUAUUAUCCUGCAAAGCCAGCAGAGAGUGUUUAUAACAGCGGGGAGGCUGAUUGACAUCAAUUUGGCUACCAGUUUAGCUACCGUUAAGACAAUGGUUUCCUACUGCAUGUUCCUGAGAACCAUGGGUGUAGACUAAUGAUGUGCGAUGAAGACGAAUUCACAUUUUCUUUAGAUUGUGUAUAGUAUGUAAUAAAGAAAUUGA